AGAGGGGAACGGAGUCGUCAACGGCGCGCGUCUCUCGCGGCCGUCGCCGGCUGCAGCGGCGAUGGCGGGGAUGGUGCGGAGGAACAGGAAAAUUGUUAAUUAUUCAGAAUUUGGGGAUUUUGAAGAUGGUGAUGAAGACUUUGCAUGCAUAGCUGCACCUUUGACAAAAAAAUCCAGAACGCAGCCUGAGGAACCAAAAAAGGAGAAAAAGAAGAAGCAAAAAACACGAGAAUUGACUCCAUCGCAAAAAGAGUCACCUAUUGGAAGAACAUCCUUGGAUGAUAGUUUCUGUGAAAGGGAUUUGAAUGUUACCUUGGCCUUGUCCAUCAAAGAAAAAUCAGCAAAUAUCCACGAAGUACAAAAUUCAAAAGAACAAGGUCUCAGUCAGGUUCUAGAUGAUGACAUACCUAUGAAUGGCUGUAGGCAAAGGACAGCAGCAUUUGAAGCUUUCUCUCAUCAGAAGUUACUGACCAUUGACAGUUGUGACAGAGAGCACAUUACUGACUCCGAACCAGUGACUGUACCAGAUGAGGAAUCAGAAGAAGAUUCAUAUUAUAGUGAAGGUAAUGAUGAAGACUGUGCAAUGGAAAAGAUGAAAAUCAAAGGAAAUAAAAAGGAAAUAAAGAGGCAGACUGGAAAAGAAAAGACUCCUAAAUCUGAGAAUAAUACUACUGUAACAAAACUAAAAUCUGAGCAAACACAAAAGAAGAUGUCCACGUCUCCAGAACCGGUUGGAAGGCCUUUACAUACAUCAAGUCCUGUAACAAACAAGAAGCCCAAAUGGGUACCACCAGCUGCAACAGGAACAAGUAACAACUCUAUGAAACAUGCUUCAGUUAAAUCACCUACUCAGUGUCUUAGGCUUGGCCUUUCCAGACUAGCAAGAGUCAAACCACUGCAUCCCAAUGCCACCAGCAGAUAGGUGGUCAGUGGCAAGGUGAAGGACUGUAUUUGGAAAAGACUUGGGAACACAUUUUGCGUAGAGAGGGUGAAAAACCACUGGGCAAUAAAAGCUUCAUGACAUCGUUGGUUUUCUAGGAUAGUUGUUUAGUACACUUCUAAUAUUACAGAGUUUUAUUCUGUAAAAUGCUAGGCAUCCUUAAGUGCUGCUGCAUAAUAUUAUUUGAUCAAGGUGACAUCUGGGUCACCAACUCAUUAUGUGUUAUACUCAAAGAUACAGGUUUAUAAUCUAAUUCUCUGCUAUGUGAAUUCAGCAUUAAAAUAGUCUAACCAGUACUAUGUCAAUUAUGGAAUUCACUAUCUCAAAUAGAUUAUUUAAUACAAGUGAAAGUGAUAUUUUAAAUGUAUUUCUUGGAAGACUUAAGCCAUCACUUCUAUCCUCUCUUCUUCACUUUCAGAAUUUGUUAAUGUUUGCAUAUCUUAAAUGUGUUUUUAAUUGCUUUUUAAAUGUAUUUUAGGUAGAAAUUGUAUUUAAAA